CAUAAUUUAAGGAAUAAAAAAUACACAUAAGUAACGAAUACCACUGGUGAUGUGUGCUUUAACAAAUUUGCUCGUGUUGGUUAUUCCACAUUCAGUGUUGCUGCAAAAAUAAGUUUGUUUCCAAAUAAAAAGGUUCAAUCAUUCAGAUCUGUAGUUAAAGGAAACACACAUUUAGCGUCACGUUUUUAAAAUACUGAGUUUGGCAAUGGCCCAGCAACUUCGUCCCAGUCUUUCCCUUGGGUUAGGGUUAGGAUAAUGUUUCAUCUUUGGCCACUAGGUGUCGCCUUCAUUAAAAAAAUAAAAAGCUCAAACCUGAACUUUUACAAAUUCUAUCUCCACAAAUGCAAGUAUAGUAACCAAAAACCUAAUUUCAAGCACUAUUAUAGUGACACUCUAUCUUAUAUAAAAUUGAUUAGUGGAUCACUAAACAACAAAGCUUUAAAAACUAUAACUAUUUGCACCACCUAUAAUUUAUUGGAUGUGUGUAACAUUUCUGUAGUGCACCCCCUGGCAUAUGUUUCAUCUUCUUUGUUCAAUUUUGUAUGCAAUUUGUUUGUAUACUUAUCACCAUGUUCAAUAAAGUUUUGGGAAAAAAACUGAACUUUUACAUUUCAAAAUCAAACAGAAGUGCGUUAAUUUUGUUCAACUCCUAAAAACUGAUUGCAUGUGUCCAUUACCUUUGAUGUUUGCAGACUUUAGUUAAUCUAUUUCAGUUCCAAACUAACUGGUUAAAAACAGCAGCGUCUCAAAUUUACAUAUUUUUUUCUUGGUGGGAAAAUAAAAGAUUUUUAGGUGAAACUUACGCUGAAAGGGCCCGUUCCUUAUAACUGAUCCCGGAUCGGACUUCUUCCCGCCAUUCCGCUCUCCCAGUAAAAGCUUUUGCGUACAAUCUGAUCUGAGAUCGGCUCUUUAUUCUCGUUUCCCGCCAUUGACCACGUGAUCCCGUCCGGCCUGCCAGGGGGCCGUGUGGAGGGGGAAGAUGGCGGCUCAGCUCAGUGGGGAAGACGUUCAUUUAAAUACCGGCAAAAGCGAAUUUCUGCUCUACAACGCCUCCGACGAGUUGGUCCUUCAGGAUGGAGGGGACCUGAACAGUCAGUCGUGUGUGGAUCACUCCAUCUUAGCCAUUUUUGAAGACUCCGGUGUUUGUUCAGAGAGCAAGAACAACAUGGAGGAAGACAGCGAGACGCUCCUCUCUGCUCUGGCUGAGAUGCUGGACCGUGUGGAGGAGGACGGAGACGAGACGUUUUCUCCCUUUGACGUCCUGCCGAACACCGGGCUCAUCAGCCAAACGCUGAUCAGAGGCGAGGACGUCUCUCAGGAACCGUCACCUUCUCAGAGACAUCGACCAAAACCCAAAAGUAAAACUGGGCGUAAAAAAGAAAACAAGGUUCUUCCUAAAGCGUUGGAGGCUACAGUGGAAGUCUUCACGUCCACCUCCCUCAUUAGCCUCGUAAAUCUCAUGCACCCCUACUGUUUAAAGCUUCAGGUGGAGAAGGACAUACCAGGAAGUAGGCCGUCCCUGUUCUCUCGGGAAGAGGUGUGGAAGUACGAACAGCCCACCGAAGAGAACGACGAGGAGAUCCAUGUUGUGUCGGAGGAUGAGGCGCCUGUAAAAAGGACCGAGGAGGGCGUAAAAGGAGAGAAGAGUAGCUGUCUGAAGGGCGUGUUGCUGAAUGGAAACCCGCCCAGAGCCGUGUCCUCCAGAGACAGGAAGAGGGUGAGCUUCGGUCCUGUUCACGUGGCCUCGUUGGAUGAGUCAGAGGAAGAAGGACUCGGGGGUGGAAGUGGGCGUGGCACAGGACCAGAACCUCUACAGAGCACAAAAGCAGCAGAAACCCCAGAAGCACUUCAACUCUCAUCCCUCGUAUCUGAGAGAAACGAUGGACAGAUUAAUAAUCAGCAAGACGGAGGAAAGAGAAGCAGGACAAGGGCGAAGUCGCUCAGUCUGCAGGAGUACAGGAAGCUUCGCCAGAGCCGCAGACCCUUGGUGGAGCAGCGGGGGGACCACACCACCAGGUGGCCCUCUAUCACAGAGUCCCCCAGGGAGCUGACCCCCAUCCUCUGUUUUCAGGGUCAGAAUCAGAACUUCACUGACCCAAACCUUCAUCAACCUUCGGUCCACUGUGACUGUCCACCACACCGCCCUAGUCCCAUCUCAUCUCACCAAUCACACACCAGAUUAAAAAGCUCAAGAACCGAAUCCAAAAUCAUCUCGCCUACGAGUCCACUGCUAGAGGACACGACCACCCCAAACGUCACUGUGCUAGAAGCCAUUAGCACUGAUCCUCCAAACCCCGUCCUCCUCCCUCUGCCUGUUCCUCGCACACCCCCUAACCCCCCACCACAGUCCAGAUCGGGGACAGGAUUACAGCCGCGCUCCAGGCGGCGACGAGGUCAGAAUGCACAGACACCGGGCGCUCCGUCAGAGCCAAAGCCACAUCUGUCGUCUCCAGACGAAGAUCUAGGGCUGGACGACGCCGCUCUGCCUCAGGAAGUCAAAGCCACCAAAACACCUCCAGAUGGUUCCUCUGCAUCUCCACCUCAAACCCCAAACUGCAACAGAAAUUCAGAGUCCAGUCUGAGAGGAACCAACAGAGACGAGCUGCCACCCAACAGUCCAGUUCAAUCUAGAACGGGUCCUGCACCACCACCUGUGGAGCUAAAGGAGGAGGCGCAGCAAGAACGGUCGUCUCCUCAAACGGACCCCAGAGAGCCGAGGGUUGCAGUGGCAUCAGGAAUCGAAGCUCCGGAUCCGACCGGCCUGCUGGAGCAGUUCGAGGAGACACAAGCUAAAGAGCACGAGGCUCCUCGGGUCGAGUCCGGACUUGGUACUGCUUCCUCGCCUUCAAACCAACAAACAGACGUUCUGGUAGAGCCGAACAAACCUGGAGGACCGGAGAGGACUUCCAGGUCUCCGCUGAAAUGUCCCGCAGCUCCAAGUGACUCGAGGACUCUGUUAGAUGUCCGAACGCUGGAGCCCGUGGACAUCCCAGAUCCCGUCCGGACUGAAGUCGUUCAGAGUUCUCAACGAGAUGAGCCCACAAGACGUAACGGUCCUCCAUCCAAGUCCGUUCAGGUCAUUGAGCCACGUCCUCUCCCGUCUAAGAGGAUCCACACAGGUCCAGCAGAGGCUCCUGCCCCCCGCACAUUUUCACACUUAAUCUUUGAUCACGAUUACUGCGGGUCGGCCGACCUCCCCCCUGGAUCUCGGUGCAGCCAAACAUCUGAACCCUCCACGGAGCAGCAGCAGGAGUCUGUUGUGCUGCUACACUCGGAAAAACCCUGGGUCGGUCCUGAAGCUCUGCAGCUUUCAGAGGGAGCGGUGACGGAGGGCGUUGGUGUCGACAACAUCCAGUUCCUCCCUACACCUCCACCCAGCCCUCCCGUCAGGGGCCGGGAAAAGAGGAGGUAUCGGAGGAGAUCUCCAGACUCCAGCUCCUCCUCAUCCUGCAGCAGCUGUGGUUGUUGUUCUCCGAAGAGACGAAGGAUCCACCGCAGGCACUCGGGGAGCAGUUCCUGUUUGUCGUCUCCCUCUUCCCGUGUCUCCCGCUCCGCUCCUCCGCUCUGCAGUUUGUCUUUUUCCAGAUCCACUUACAGCAGGUCCAGGUCCCGGUCCUGGUCCAGGUCCCCCUCACAGACCCGCUCACCGUCUCCAGCGAGUCGUCGUAGAAGGUGGAGGGAAGUGCGCAGCAGCAGCAGGGAGUCCCGGAGGCUCCAGAGGGAGCAGGAGGUCCGGAUUCAGAAACUUAAAGCCAUAGAUGAGCGCAGAGUGGUGUACGUGGGCCGCAUUCGUAGAACAAUGACACACAGUGAACUUCAGGAGCGCUUUUCUCAGUUCGGGGAGGUGGAGUGUGUGUCGCUCCACUUCAGGGAUCGAGGCGACCACUAUGCCUUUGUCACGUUCUACAACAUGAAGGAUGCUUUUGCAGCCAUCGAUAAUGGAGGCAAACUACGGAAGCCCGACGAGCUUCCGUUUGACAUCUGCUUCGGUGGACGGAGGCAGUUCUGCAGCUCGAACUACGCCGACCUUGACGCUAACAGAGACGCAGAGCCGUCGCCGCCGUGCAGAAGCAGGUUUGAAGACCUGGACUUUGAUUUGCUGCUGAAACAGGCCCAGAGAGGCCUGAAGAGGUAGCAGGCUGUGCAGAACAACCUCCCCGCUCCUCACAUCCACGUCCAACGUUUAAAGCUGUUACUGCUGAGUUCGGCGCACGUGCACGCUUGCUCUCUACGCUUGCGGUUUUUGAGGUGCUAAGAAAACGUUUGUAGUACUUUUUAAAGGAGAGUUUUGUUACAGCCCGUUGCACUGAUGUAGUUUUGUAAAGAACAAUAAACCAUUUAUUGUU